AUGUAUUCGGAUCCACCGAAUCAAUCACAAAUUGAAAUUUUGGCGCAUACAGGUACUUUUUCACCUUUUUGUUAUUUGAAAAUAAUUAAUUAAUAUUUUAAGAGCAAUGUGUUGUUUGCGGCGAUGCUGCUGAUGGUUUUCAUUAUGGUGUAAGAUCUUGCCGAGGUUGUAAUGCAUUUUUUCGACGAGCUGUCACUUUUAAUAUGACUUUUACGUGUAGAAGAGGCGGAAGAUGUCCAGUUGAUAAAAGUAAGUUUUUUAUUGAAAAAUAUUAAUUUUGAUGAAUAUUUGGCGGUAUUUUGAAAGACCAGAAAAUUGCAAUUUAAAUCGUGGGAAAAAUAUUUCUUGAAUAAAUUAUAAAAAACGCAUAUUUUUGAUAUUUGAGCAGAAAGUUAUGUCUGAAUCUUUGAGAAAGUUUCGAAAAAAAACUGAAGAUGAAAUUUUGUGAUGAUUUCAAAAAGCUUUUACAAAAUAAAAUUUUUCAUUUGAACAGUUUUCGAUUUUUUUGUGAUAAUAAAAUUGUGAGAUUUCUUACGAAAAUGAGAGAGCAGAAAAACUGACAACACUUUUUCGAUUGUAGAAAAAAUGUGGAAAAAAUGGAACAAUGUUAUGCAUUUAAUUCGAAAAUAACCAACUUUUUUCAUUUCAAAACUAGAAACAUUUCAGAAAGUUUAAAUUUGGGAAUAUAUUAUUCAAAACUCACCGAAACUUUUUUCAGACGCUCGAUGUGCUUGCCGCGCUUGUCGAUUAUCAAAAUGUUUUUCCGUAGGAAUGGAUCGAAAAGCAGUUCAACCAAAAAGAGAUGUCGGAAAUGUGAUGAAUAAUGGCCACAAUUCUUUCGAUCAAAAUGAACAGGAUUUUGACAUGCGGAUAACAGGGGUAACUUACAUUUCUGAUCGUUUCCCUUACAACAAAACCAUUUUUUCAGAAUUCUCCCAAUUUUGAUAUGAAUGAUAUGACAUCACCAGGUUCCGCAUUCACACCAAUGAAUAAUUUGUCUUCAGUGAGUUUUUGGAUUUUUUUUUUGAUUAUCUGGUCCUUACUAACUAUAACUCAAAAUGUUUUCAGGAAUUCACACCAUUAUUAUCACCUUCACCUCCACCAGAAAGUAGUCUAUUAUUGCGACAAUGUUAUGAAUUUGUUGAGCAAAAACGACGAAGGCGAGCACUUUUAUGUAAAUCAUUGGAAGAAAUCUUAUCUGAAGAUAUUUCACUUCGAGAACCUGCGUCGAUUGAAGAUUUCACAUUAAUAUUUCAAGCACAGAUGGUUUUGAUGUUUGAAUGGGUUGAAAAAUUACCCGAAUUUCGGAUGCUUCGCGAUCCAAAUGAUAAAACGAUUUUGUUAAAAACGUUUGCAUUGAGAUAUAUGUUGUUGGAUGAUGUUUAUCAUACACACGAGUUAGGGUAUAAUGAUAGGGUGAGUUUGGUUUUUUUUCUGAAGAUACAACUGAGAAAUAUUUCACAAUUUUACCCAUAACCAAGACCCUCAACCUUUUUGAUUUUCAGAUGAUUCUUGUAAAUAACAAUUUUAUUAUGCCUGGACAUCCAGCUACAUUGAAAUCAGAAGAAGUUUUCAACACCGACAAACUUCGUCAAAUGUAAGUUUCUCCUACAAUAUUUUUCUAAAGUGACUUCAAAGUUCUAAUUUCUCAGGAUGUAUGGUGAUCGAAUGCAUCAACUAAUUCAAGAAUUGAUUGUUCCAAUGAGUCGCACAAAUAUUCUAUUUGGAGAAAUUAUGACAAUUCGGCGGCUUGUUUUUUGGAACCCCGGAUCGAUUAAUCUUUCUCCAUAUGCCACUCAAAUAUGUGCAGAAGUGAGUUUUUUUUUGAAAAAAAGGAUGUAUAUAAAUUGAAUUUCUAGGCAUCGAAUAAUGCGAUGAAAGAAUUGCAACAAUAUUUGGAACAAGAAAUGAGUGAUGAUAAUCAAAGUCGGAUUCAAUUUAUUUUGUUAAUUGUUCCCGCGUUAUGUGUGAGUUUUUUGAUACAUAUCAGACAUUAUAAAAUGUCGAAAAAGUCAAAAUUCGAGAUAUAUAAAAUCCAUGAGAAUUUGAAACGAAUUAAUUAAAUUGAACAAUUAUGAUAUGCUUCAAAUUCAAAUGUACUUUGAAAGAUAUCAAACAGUCAUUCACGAUAAACUCGUGGGGGUUUCCCAAAAAAAAAAAACAAAAAAGAUUAGCAAACCAAAGAUAAUAUAGGAAAAAUGCGGUUGAUCUUUGAAAAAAUAAGACAGAAAUUUAUAUGUUUCCUGAUCAUUAAUCUUUUCUUAUGUUAAAAUCUACCCUUUUCCAGAAGCACACCAAAACUAUGAUGGAAAUCUUCAAAGAAAUUCCAUCAUUUGGAAAAAUGAGUGAAUGGAACUCAUUUAUGGAUGAAGUAUAUAAUGGUAUAUAA